AUGACAAAGUGCGUCAAGGAAGUCCAACUUCACAACUUUUCUGACGCCAGUGAAAUUGGUUACGGAUCUGCAUCGUAUCUUCGAACUGAGUUUAUCGAUGGAAGAGUGACGUAUUCACUUGUAUUUGGUAAAUCUCGCACCGCACCAUUGCGAAAGAUAUCCACGCCUAGAGUUACAAGCAGCGGUAUUAUUUGUUCGAAUCAGCGAGAUAAUACAGCGUGAAAUUGAAAUAACAUUCAGCAAGAUUUGCUACUGGACCGAUUCAGAAGUUGUGCUGAAAUACAUUCAGAAUAAAGAUAAAAGAUUUACUGUAUAUGUUGGUAAUCGUACAGCCGAAAUCAGAGAAAAAUCCGAAGUGCAACAGUGGAGAUAUUGCCCAAGUAAAGAGAAUCCGAGUGAUGACGCCUCUCGUAGACUGAAACCAUCGGAAAUGACAUUUGACUGUCGGUGGUUGGUUGGUCCGUCAUUUUUAAAAGGUCCUGAAUCGGGUUGACCACAGAUAAAUCUACGGAAAGAUAUAGAAGAAGAAGAUCCUGAAAUUCCAAUCCAAUGUAGUGGUUGAAGUAAAAAGACCAGCUAUAUACGAACUAUUAGAAAGAUAUUCAUCAUGGAAUGUGCUCAAUGCAAAGAUCGUGUGGCUGACGAGAUUUAAGUUUCUCUUGAGUCGUUGCCUUCAUCGCUCUUACAUAUGUCCUUUCGGAAAACCCACCAUUCCUGAGUUAGAAAAUGCAGAGAAUGACAUCAUGAGAAUGAUCCAGCAGCAAGUGUUUUCAGAAGAAUGCAAUGCCCUCAGCAAAUCGGGGAAAGUAAAGAUAUCAAGCAGCAUCGCGAAGAUCAAUCCUUUUAUUGGUGAGAACAAUAUUAUUCGAGUGGGAAGCAGAUUAGAAUACGCUCAUAUAAGCUACAAUGCCAAGUUUCCACCAAUCCUACCAAAACAACAUUGGGUAUCGGAGCUGUUAGCAAGGUACGUCCAUUGUAGUAAUGCCCAUAUUGGUCAAGAGCAUACCUUGAAUAUAUUAUGCCAAAGAGUUUGGAUCUGUUUUGCUCGUUCCCUGGUUCGGAAGAUUAUCAACAAAUGUUUUGUCUGUAGAAGAGGACACGCUCCAAAGCUCUAACAACAAAUGGCACCUUUACCACCAUGUCGGGUUAUGGCGUACGAACCACCAUUCACUUACGUGGGAAUUGACAUGUUCGGACCUUUGUUGAUAAGACAAGGUCGAUGUACGCCUAAAAGAUGGGGAUGCAUUUUUACGUGUAUGACCACUCGUGCAAUACACCUGGAAGUCGCAGCGUCACCAGAAACUGACGAUUUCAUUAAUGUUUUGCGACAAUUUAUCGCCUGACGAGGAACCCCGAAAGAAAUACGAACGGACUGUGGCACGAACUUCCGUGGGGCUGAUAAAGAGUUGAAGUGCAACGAAAGCUUGGAGUGAAGAUCGUCUUGAAGAUCAAUUAUCUCAACGAGGAAUUGACUGGAUAUUCCACCCACCGAAUGCACCGCAUUUCUCUGGAUUGUGGUAAAGGCUAAUAAGGGAGACAAAACGUGCAUUGAAAUUUGGAAGCCUUAAAGGGGGCCUUGGUAACAGAACAUGUACUGCGAACAGUUUUCUGUGAGGUGGAGUCGAUACUUAAUUCACGUCCUCUAACGAGAUCAAGCGAGGAUGCAGCUGAUGCUACCGCAUUACGCCUGCCCAUGUUCUGCUGCAGAGACCAGCAGUUGUUGUACCCAUUGGAGAUUUUAACGAAGACUCGGUUAUUGGUAGAAGAAAAUGGAAGCAAGCGAUGUUCGUGUCGGAGAUUUGGUCCUGGUACAUGAAAAGAAGAUACCAAGAGGAUUGUGGCCUAUUGCGAUAG